GUUUGAUAAAACAUCCAGCAUCCCACACAUAAUUAGUAUUAUACGCUACGCACUCUCUAGUCUCUCGACAUGCGCCAAUAUACAUAAUAGAGCUCAUGUGAAAAUUCGUUUAUUGUAUAUUAUGUUCUUAUAAUUGUUAUGCGGUUUCACUACGUUCAAAUGUGAACUUUGUACAAUUUCCAUACGAGCAACAAGUACGCCAAAAAAAGGUCAUUAUGACAAGCUACCUUAGCAGCAACUCGGCGAGGAAAUCGGAUGACAAAUACGAUGACGAUAUGAAUGAUAGAGACGACUCAAAACGGAAGUCCAGGAAUUUAAGCGAAAAAAAACGGAGGGAUCAAUUCAACAGUUUAAUUAAUGAAUUAAAUUGUAUGUUAUCAACAAAUAACAGAAAAAUGGACAAGUCUACUGUUUUACGAACAACAAUUAACUAUUUAAAAAAUCAAAAAGAUAUUGUUUUAAGGUCUAGAGUACAUGAAAUUGACAAUGAAUGGAAACCUCCGUUUCUGUUUAAUGAAGAGUUUACUCAUAUAAUACUUGAAGCAUUGGAUGGAUUUAUAAUAGUGUUUACAUCAGCGGGAAAGAUUCUGUAUGCAUCUGAAACGGUAACUGCACUCCUUGGUUAUCUUCCGAAAAAUCUAACCAAUUUAUCGAUAUAUAAGAUCAUCAAUGAAGCAGAUCAUUCAGUGUUACAACAUCAUAUUGUCGAAUCAAGACAUUCCUAUGAAAAUGAAAAUAAUCAAGUCGAGUUUUCCUGUCACUGUAAAAGACACAAUCCGUUUAAAAACGAAGAUGAAAUACAUGAAAAAAAUGUAUUUGACUUGGUACAGUUCUUUGGAUAUUUUCGUAACAGCAGUGAAAUAUUACAUGGGAAUAAUAGUGGAGUUGUCUCACCAUACAACAACGAACAAGAAGAAGAACAAAGCUUAGUGUUUGUUGGUAUUGGUCGGCUAAUGACACCACAGUUAUUAAAAGAGCUUACUGUUAUGGAGGAUAUAAAAGGUGAAUUCACUUCUCGACAUAGCUUAGAAUGGAAAUUCUUGUUCCUGGAUCAUAGAGGACCUCCUAUUAUUGGGUAUAUGCCAUUCGAAGUACUUGGAACGUCUGGCUAUGAAUAUUACCAUAUCGAUGAUCUAGAACAUGUGAUUUUGUCACACCAAGCCUUAAUGUUAAAAGGCGAGGAAACAUCUUGUUAUUACCGUUUUUUAACAAAAGGCCAGCAGUGGAUAUGGUUGCAAUCAAGAUACUAUAUUAGCUACCAUCAAUGGAACUCAAAACCAGAAUUCAUUGUCUGCCACCAUAGGGUUAUAAAUUAUUUAAAUGUCAUUAAAAGAGAAGGAGAGACUGAUGAUGGGAGAAAGAACAGCCAAAAGAGAUUAUGUCAUCUACCUACAAGUGAUCUUGCUCAAAGAUCAUUAAAAAGUAAUUGUGAAUCAUAUCAAAGAAGACAACAUGACAAACAAAGAACUGACUCACCAAAAUCGAAAAUAAGAUUUAUUGAGGGAAUUUCAAACUCUAACUGUGAAAAAGCUUCUUCUUUGCCCAUGGUUGAAACUAAACAAGAGCAUUCAGAAUUUGAUAAUUAUUUGCAGAAUACUCAGACACCUGCCAAAGUACCUUCAGUAACAGUCUCACCUUCACCUGAAAAUAUUAUUCAAGAUCAGUUACAACGUAAGCAAGAGCAAUUACAAAAAACGAUUGUUAAACAACAAGAGGAGCUACGCAAAGUAUCUGAACAGUUACUUAUGGCCAGAUGUGGAAUUUUGCCAUCGUACAUUGAUAAUACGCUAGACAUGAAUUCGUCUAACACAAGACAAUUGGCUCAAACAGAAACACCUGCAAUUCAAAAUAUUUAUUCUACUCCUAAUGAAAAUAUGUUCGAAUCGCCAUCGUUGAUGAAUUCUGAUGCCUCAAUGUUAAGCGAACGAAAUGAACAGGAUAUGCAGUCUUCUUUUUCAACAAAUAUAAUGCAGAAUAUGGUAGAUGAAGGAGGAGGACAGAUGGAUUACAGUUAUAACCAGCCGUCUAAUUCUGUAGUUUACGAACAAAAUUCCCAGUCAAAUUGACAAUGAAUUAUGGUUUAAAUUUCAAGAGUAGUUUUAUCUUCUAUCCCUAUUAUGUUUUUAUUACUUUUACAAAGUCAAAUGCUCAAUUAUUUUCACACAUAUGUAAAAUAAAAUAAAGUUCUUAAGAAAUACUUACACGUUUAAGCUAAUUAUAUAAUUGAAUAUUUUACAAACAAUUUAUGCUACUUUUAACUGCAUUGUGUUAUGACUUAUGGCUUUUAGAUUAUGGUCAUAAUCUGAUGAUUGAAGCUAUAUUUAUUUAUUAUAUUUUAUAUAAUAUUCAUGUAUAGUAUAUACAUUUAUACAAUAGUUUAUAUAUAGCUAAUUUAAACUAGCCAUAUUCAAUUUUUUAUUGUAAAUAUAUAGAAUUUAGUUUUUGUUUUUA